AAUUUAGAAUAUUUGGAUUUUAAAGCCCCAGGUUAGCAGCGACGACCAGUGGCAGAAGCUUGACUGCUUGAUCGUGGUCGUCGUCCAUGGAAACAGCUCCUGAAGGAUACAGAAGAAACGCUGGCAUUUGUCUUAUCAACCCUUCCAAAAAGAUUUUUGCUGCUUCGAGGCUCGAUAAUCACUUCUGGCAGAUGCCCCAGGGUGGCAUUGGCGAAAACGAGGAUCCAAAAGAUGCAGCCGUAAGGGAAUUAAGAGAAGAAACAGGGAUUACUUCAGCUGAAUUUCUUGCAGAGGUGCCAUAUUGGUUGUCAUAUGAUUACCAUCCAAAAGUACAGGAAAAACGAAAGGAUCAAGGGAAAUCAACCUGGAAAGGUCAAGCACAAAAGUGGUUCCUUCUUAAGUUCACAGGAAAGGAGGAUGAAAUCAAUCUUUUGGGCGAUGGGACUGAGAAACCGGAGUUUGGAGAGUGGUCGUGGAUGUCACCGGAACAAGUGGUUGACCUAAUAAUGGACUACAAGAAGUCUGUUUACGAGAAAGUUAUGGAAGCCUUUUCCCCCUAUCUUCAAUAAAAUUAGCUGAUCACCUAUCAGAAGAUUACGUUUGGAUAGCAAGAAUCGAAGAAAAGGAAUGCGAAUCUCAUCACCAGGAACUUCAUUAUUAAUAAUAAGAUUCAUGUGUCGGUAUAAUUCUAGCAUUUAGGUUGGUUAGAAAUUCUCAUUAUGAAAAUUUAAAUAUGGGGGACCAAUCUACUUAUUUUAGUCUUAAAAUGAUCUUCAUUUUUUAGGAAUGUGAGAUUCUCGUGUAAGGAUAUGUAUGUAAUCUCAUUUUGUCCUGGGAAUUAUGUUCCCUGCUUGAAUGCACCCCAUACAUCGAAGUGAGACUUCAAAAAAAAUUUCAUUCUGCCUUUUCAUUCUUACCA